UGGAUGUAUGGAUGGAUGGAUGGAGCUUAGUUCCUCAGCUGCACGGAGGGAGGGUGCUUAAGGCAUACAGACUAAGAAGUUUGUGUUUUCAGCUGACGUGCCUGCAGACCAUUCUGAAAAUCAAGUUUCAGUCUGAGGAUUAUGACGAGAAAGGACGCGCGUCACCACUAUCUUCCACGUGAAGUGUCACUUCAUUGUCCCAGUGCAUCCAUGAGGAUGAGGAUGAUGAUGGUGGUGGUGAGCGGCUGUUUUUAGUACCCUAGAAGGGACAGUCUGCUGGCGGCUCGUUUUGGGUUUGCAGGAAUCCGUAUCUGGCAUCCUCUCUCGCUCUUCCUGAUUUGUGGCGCAGGGAUGGUUGGGAACAUAAGUGUCAUCACAAGUUGUGCAGCGAAACGGAUUUUUAUUGUUCGUCAUAUUUUUUUUUUAUGUUUCCCUACUUCAGUCUUGAAGAUAUAAGACUGCUGGACUGUAACUUUGUAAGGACUUGCUGAAGGUGCUGGAUAUACCGACCAAAAAAACACAGGCUACAGCGAAGAACAAGAGCCACGAGAACCAGUAGCGAAAUGAUGCACCGCGAGACAACAAAGGAUGCACCUCGUGUAACUCGGUCUCCCCAGUAGGUAAAUGAGAAACUCCAAUAUAAAUCGGAUUUGACUUAGUUCUUAAUAGGAUUUAUUAUCAACCCCUCUCUGACUCCCGCACUCUCUUUCCGCCUGAACAAUAAAACAUGUUGUGCCAAACCUCGGAGCUCCCGCUGAUUUAAAGCGUCAUCUGAGGACCACGUUUGAACCCGAGGAUAACAGAGCAAACAGCCGGGCUGGGGAUGUUGGAGAGGAUACAGCUGCGCCCCUCGGACUUUAAUGUUGGUGCCUUACAGUGCCUGGCUCUCAGACUCCAUUGAAUCCCGAAAGAAAACGCCUCUAUCCAUGAAAAAUAAUCCCUCCCUAUUGGCUGGACCGCGGUGCACAUGCUAUAACAACAGGAUAUGCAAAGAGCUAUGGGCUGAUCUAAUAGCCUAUCAUAUUUUUCCCAUGCUUUUUUUUUUCAAUAUUGUGAUUAGAAGGGUAUGAACUGUGAAUCUGAUGGUUCAAAUACACAAUUGUAAUAAUCAUAAUCAUAAUAAUAAUGGAGAAGGAUCUGUCACAGUGGUUAAACUGAUGGCUGUUUUGUUUCUCACAGCAGUUGAGUCUGUGUAGUAAAGCAGCUGAAGAAUGUUUAAGUAUCAGAUUCGAAUGCUUUUCAAUGAACUCAAAGUGUUACUACUGAUGCGCUCUGGAUCAAGCAGGACUAACACAGGCACAGACACUCAGACCAGGAUGAGGGGGCUCACCUUAGGAGGCUGCACUUGGCCACAGCUCAGUUGCUCUCGCCAGGACGACGAGGAGGAAUAUUAUGGCUCAGACACUCGGCCACGCAGCCUGGCAUUUGAGGACAAAGAAGAAGAAGACAAAUCCCAAGAAGGAGGCCUGGAUGCUGCCUCCCUCCCGAGUCUCUCCGAGAGCGGGAUGCGAUCACCGCAGUGCCGGAUCUGCUUCCAGGGCCCAGAGAAGGGGGAGCUGUUGAGCCCGUGUCGCUGUAAUGGCUCUGUGCGCUGCACUCACCACUCCUGCCUUAUCCGCUGGAUCAGUGAGAGGGGCUCCUGGAGCUGUGAGCUCUGCUACUUCAAGUACGAGGUCCUAGCCAUCAGCACCAAAAACCCGCUGCAGUGGCAGGCCAUCUCUCUGACUGUGAUUGAAAAGGUGCAGAUUGCGGCCAUUAUCCUGGGCUCUCUGUUCCUCAUCGCAAGUAUUUCCUGGUUGGUGUGGUCCUCUCUCAGUCCAUCGGCCAAAUGGCAGCGACAAGACCUGCUCUUCCAGAUAUGCUACGGCAUGUACGGCUUCAUGGACAUAGUUUGUAUAGGGCUUAUAAUCCACGAAGGAUCAUCUGUUUACCGGAUCUUCAAGCGCUGGCAGGCUGUGAACCAGCAGUGGAAAGUACUGAAUUAUGAAAAGGCAAAGGACUUAGGGGACCCCAUCAGCUCCUGCAGUAAAGGCGCUGGUCAUGUUGAAAGGGACUCUCCUCACAUUGUUACAGAUGGCAGCAGCAGGACAAGUCGGCACAUCAGGACUAUUCUCCACCACCACUGUGGCUACACUAUUUUGCAUAUCCUCAGCCAGCUAAGACCCAACAGCCUGAACAGGACCAACCAUGAGGUGGUCAUGAGAGUGACCACUGUAUGAGGUUUGCAGACUAAAGUGCUACAAUGUGUAAGGUGCUGAUUGGGGCCAUUCAAACACUGCCAUGAACUUUGAGACAUCCUAUUUGUGAUCUGAUUCUCCCUGAACUCAAGACAGCGAGAAUUAUUUAUUACUGAGACUUGAGAAAAGGAGAACACGUAUUACCUUAGUCUUUAAGCAUAAAAACUGUGAAAUAA